GUGUCAUCAACAAAUACGCUCAUGCCUCAGUUAACAAGUUCAGUUUAAUGGCUGGAAUGGAACACACUGAACAGAAAGUGUGUUUAUUGGCUAGUGUAGAAUAUGGUGAGAGUGUAUAUGUCAUGAAGGCCAAUUUGCUAAUGUAAUAAAUAUGUCUAACAGUAAGCUUAAAAUAAUCCUGAAAAAGCACAUAUUUUUUUGGAAUAUGUCGUUGUUAUCAACGAGGUGUAAGUGGGCAAUAAUGACAGUUCUACUCGUAUUGUUAUUUACGAAUCUGAUGUUCUAUAAAAUAAUCUUUUUGGAAUGGCAAGGAAGCCACAAGUUUUCAAUAGCGUUGUGGAGUGGUGGAAGUCAUUACGAUCGUUGGGAAUCGAAAGACGUUUUUCAACCAUGUGAGAUCAAAGACUCAAACAAUGUUAAGGUUUUAAAGAGAGCGGAGUUCAACUUUAGUGAAUCAGACAGUAGUGACAUAUUCGAAGAAAUGAAGAACAUAGAACCGUCCGUAUCAAAUGUGUUUUUUGUUGAAACCACAUGUGCAGCUAGAAUGGUGUACGAAACAUACUACAAAAAAAGGAUAUCCUUUAUCAUGGGUCCUAGGCAAUGGUGUGCUGUUGAAUCGAUGGCUCUGACCAACCCAAACCGGAGAGUGUACAUAUUGAAUACUUGCCCUAUGGAUGAGGAUGUCACAGAGAAAGUGCCAGACUAUGUUCGUGGGGUCUUUUACCUCCCAAACGUGCGAAUUGUACGACUGAACGUGAGUGAGAUGUUCCGUGGUACGCCCAUCCAGAUGGUGUAUGAAAGCGGAGUGAUUGAGACCUCGCCUUAUUUCUUGGAACACUUCAGCGAUUUGAUCAGAGUAGCAGCGCUUUGGAGGUUUGGUGGGACCUAUUGCGAUUUGGACUUCAUCAUUAUGAAGUGUCUGAACGACCUGGGGACAGACUUUGCGGCAUCUCAAGACACCGGUAUAAUCAAUAGUGCAAUAUUUAAUAUAAAUCCCGAAGGUUUUGGACACAAAUUGAUGUACACAAUGAUGGAACUUUUAAAGUACAUGUACAGACCAGAUUAUUGGGACUGGAAUGGGCCGUCUCUCCUCACUAAUACAAUCUUGUACUUCUGUCAGGUCGAAAAGGUAGAAGAAGUUAUCGAAACAUGUGAGAAGUUCAAGGUGUACAAACGUCACAUAUUCUAUCCCGUGCACUAUGGAUUCGUCGAGGAACUUUUCAACCACCGAACGGGAAAGAUCAUUGUGGAAUUCGCCGAAAACAUCUCUUACGGAGUCCAUAUGUGGAACAAGCUGAACAACAAUAUGAAGGUGCAAGUAGGAAGCACUCAGGCGUACAGUAUCUUAGCUGAACGGUACUGUCCACACGUGUACUGGAACUCCGGGGAAGUCUUCUGACUUUAUAAAAGCUGCCAAUCUGUUGUCUCGUACUUUGGACAAUCAGAUCCGCAGUAUAAAAAGUUUUGAAUAUCUGUACAACUUCAAUGAAUAUUUAGUUUACAUGUUCAAGACUGACGUAUGGCACAUUCAUCAAGGCCAAUGAUAUCGUUUACCUCGUUAACUAUUGUCAUCCGUCAUCCCAACCUUUCAUCCACAUAACUGACUAAGCAUAUAUAGGUUAUCAGCACAAGGAUACGACCUUUUUAAGUACAAAAUUUAGGCUUAGCUAUUUUAUUUUGAAAAUAUGACACAAUAUUCUUAUGCCAAUAUAUUAAAUUCUUCAUUCCUGACAUUAUUUAAGAAUUGUUAUAUACAUGUAUUUAAACUAAAGUUUAGUGCAUUAAUAAUAAUGUACUGACAAUUAUUGUCUUUUUGUAUUCUAUCAUUUUUCACUAUUCCAUCUCGAAUUUCACGAAAGCUUCAGCAAAGAAUGUUAUAGUCACAAGUGUGGUAGGCCUGUACAAUAAAAACAUUUUGGAAUCUUCAUUGGUUAUGGCUUGUCUAUUAAAAUAAGUUUGGUUACAUUUGGCUAGGUACAUAUUUAUUCGAAGUACCUACUCAGAAAAUAAUAAGUAAACACUAACUGAAAGUUUGCUUGUCUUUUACAUUAGUGGAUCUUUGAAAAUAAAUUAUUUUAUGAAACAAUUAACAAUUUUAAUUAUUUAUGAUAAAAUUGAUGUUUAUAUAAUAUACAGAUCUAAAGUUAUGUAAAGCAAAAUCUAAUUAUAGCGUACCUGCCAGAUGUAUAUUACGUUAUGUGACAUGGUAAUCUGCUCUAUUAUUGCAAUGUUGUAACAGCUGUUAGUGUUUGUGUAUGUCAUAAAAAUGGAAUACAAGGUA